AUGUCUGCCACAAUCAGCACUGUCGAGUUGAAGGAUGACACCAUCAUCGUGGUGCUCGGCGCAUCCGGUGAUCUCGCAAAGAAGAAGACUUUCCCGGCUCUGUUUGGCCUCUUCCGCAACAAGUUCCUCCCCAAGGACAUUAAAAUUGUCGGCUAUGCGCGGACAAAGAUGGACCACGAUGAAUACCUGAAGCGCGUGCGCUCCUACAUCAAAGUUCCCACAAAGGAGAUCGAAGAGCAACUAGAUCAGUUCUGCCAACUGUGCACUUACGUCUCCGGCCAAUACGACCAGGAUGACUCCUUCAUCAACCUCAAUAAGCACCUCGAGCAGAUCGAGAAGGAUCGCCAGGCCAAGACGCACAACCGCGUCUUCUACAUGGCUCUUCCUCCAAGCGUCUUCACCACCGUGUCCGAACAAUUGAAGCGCAACUGCUAUCCCAAGUCCGGUCUGGCCCGUAUUAUCGUCGAGAAGCCCUUCGGUAAGGAUCUCCAGAGCUCGCGCGACUUGCAAAAGGCCCUUGAGCCCAACUGGAAGGAGGAGGAGAUCUUCCGUAUCGACCACUACCUCGGUAAGGAGAUGGUCAAGAACAUUCUCAUCUUGCGAUUCGGCAACGAGUUCUUCAACGCGACAUGGAACCGUCACCACAUUGAUAACAUUCAGAUCACUUUCAAGGAGCCCUUCGGUACUGAAGGUCGUGGCGGAUACUUUGAUGAGUUUGGUAUCAUCCGUGAUGUCAUGCAGAACCACCUUCUCCAGGUGCUGACGCUUCUGGCCAUGGAGCGUCCCAUUUCUUUCUCUUCCGAGGACAUCCGCGAUGAGAAGGUCCGCGUUCUGCGUGCGAUGGAUGCCAUUGAGCCCAAGAACGUGAUCAUUGGGCAGUACGGUCGCUCUCUGGACGGCAGCAAGCCCGGCUACCUCGAGGACGACACUGUCCCCAAGGAGUCGCGCUGCCCCACCUUCUGUGCUCUGGUCGCCUACAUUAAGAACGAGCGCUGGGAUGGCGUGCCCUUCAUCCUGAAGGCCGGCAAAGCCCUCAAUGAGCAGAAGACCGAGGUCCGUAUUCAAUUCAAGGAUGUGACUUCCGGUAUCUUCAAGGAUAUCCCUCGUAACGAGCUGGUCAUCCGUGUCCAGCCCAACGAGUCCGUCUACAUCAAGAUGAACUCCAAGCUGCCUGGUCUGUCCAUGCAGACGGUAGUGACCGAGCUGGACUUGACCUACCGCCGUCGCUUCUCCGACCUGAAGAUCCCCGAGGCGUACGAGUCUUUGAUCUUGGAUGCGUUCAAGGGCGACCACUCCAACUUUGUGCGUGACGACGAGUUGGAUGCUUCGUGGCGCAUUUUCACUCCUCUGCUUCACUACCUUGAUGACAACAAGGAGAUUAUUCCCAUGGAAUACCCCUACGGUUCCCGCGGUCCUGCCGUCCUUGAUGACUUCACCGCUUCCUACGGUUACAAGUUCAGCGAUGCCGCCGGCUACCAAUGGCCCGUGACUUCCUCUGCUCCCAAUCGCCUGUAA